CCCUGCGCCCUCUCCGGAGCGAGCGGCGGGCGGGCGGGCGCGCGCGCGGGGAGAAUGUUGCCCGGAGCGGGGGCGGCCGCCCAGCGGAGCUGGCCAGAUAUGAAACGACCGCUGAGCCUGUCCCACCCUGCUGAGAACAGGACCCACCUGGCAGAGACGGCGCGGAGCCAGUCGGAGCAGAGCAGGAAGCGGGAGAAGAAGCACCAGUCGUUCACACUGUGCGAGGUCUGUAACAUCCAGCUCAAUUCGGCUGCCCAGGCGCAGAUACACUACAAUGGAAAAUCCCACCAGAAACGCCUCAAGCAGCUCAACAAAGGGAAGGUGCCGACGGGCCAAGGUCCAUCUGGGCACAGCAGCCCCCUCCUAGCAUCGCUGUCUAUUCCUGGGCGACCCCUACACCCGCCACUGGACAUCAAGCACUUCCUGACCUUUAGAAUCAGUGGGACGUCCCCACUCAACCUGUUCCCCAACUUCAACACGAUGGAUCCCGUGCAGAAGGCCGUGAUCAAUCACACCUUUGGCGUCCCCUCCCCACUCAAGAAGAAGCAGUUCAUCUCCUGCAACAUCUGCCACCUCCGUUUCAACUCCGCGAACCAGGCAGAGGCACAUUAUAAAGGCCACAAACACGCCCGGAGACUCAAAGCCAUAGAAGCUGUGAAGAACAAACAGAAAACAGCAGUGGCCACCAGCCGGGACAUCCCAGCAGACUUCCCUGCCACCCUGGACGUGAGCGGGGAUCCCCACAGCACAGUUCAAGCCAACGGCCUCCUGGGGCUGAAGGAGCCAGACGCUGAGUGUAGCAGCCUUAUGCUGACACCCAGCUUGGAGGAGUCCUCAGCCGAGCUGUCUGGCAGCGUCCCAGCCCUGGUCUCCCCGCCUGUUUCGGAGCUGUCAGAGGGCCCUUCGGAUGCCGCCAGUUUGGCCUCUUUGCCAGCGCCAGGAGCUGAGACGCCAGCCACUGAAUCGGGCAGCAGCAUCGGCUCAGCCCCUGACCGAGAAAAGGAAGGGAAGAAAAGCAAGCAGCACCUCUACUGCCCCACCUGCAAAGUGACGGUGAACUCGGCAUCCCAGCUGGAGGCUCAUAAUACGGGGGCCAAGCAUAAGUCUAUGCUGGAGGGUCAGACCACCCAGAUGCGGCGGGGCCGGGGCAAGGUCAUCCCCAGGGCGGGGCACAAGUCCAAAAGAAUUGGCAACAAGGGCAGCAUCAACAUCCAGAACAAGGCAUUCCAUUGCCAAGUGUGCGAGAUCUACGUCAACUCGGAGACCCAGCUCAAACAGCACGUAAGCAGCAGGAGACACAGAGACAGGCUUGCUGGGAAGCCACCCAAACCAAAAUACAGCCCGUACAACAAGCUCCAGAAGAACGCUGUCCUCGCAGUGAGUAUUCUAAAGUCCAAGCUGGCUUUGCAGAAGCACCUCACCAAAACCUUGGCCACCCGCUUCCUCCCGAGCCCCCUCACCACGGCAGCCAUGUGCGCCAUGCCCGGCCCACUCACCCUCAGACCAGCCACCGCUACCGCCCUCUUCCAGGCCCCGCUCCUUGGACCAGCGCUCUUCCGAACCCCGCCAGGCCACGUCCGCGCCACGCCCGGCCCCAUCGUCUUCGCGCCCUACUAGAGCCUCGUGCCCUCCAAGGCUCCGUCUCUCCCGGACGCGGCGAAGAGCCCGGGGAGCUAUGCAGCAAGGGGCAGCACUAUUGGACAGGGCUCUGUUCCGAUUGAAGGCAAAUGAUACUUUGUAACCAUUGAUCGGCGGGCGGGGGGGGGUUCUUUCACUCCCAGCGGGUUCCCACUGGGCUAGGAGAUUCCCCAGCUGACUGCUCUGCCAGGCCUGGCUGUGCUCCCCUUAUCCACACCCAGUGCCCCAGUCGGUUCUGCCACCCACUCACUCAGUAGCUCUCCAAAAACACAGCUCCAUGUCUGGUUUGAUUGGAUUCAGUUAAAGGGACGGUGCCAGGAUCCCCUAGGCCCAUUGAUGCCCGUGGCCAGCUGGUGCCCCUCUUUGGCUAGUGAGUUUUUCAUUCAUCCCCUUCCCAGUGAUUAAUUUAAACCAAACCAGGGAAGGGGCCUGGCUGACCCUCUGGAAAGGGAGGGUCUUUCUCUCAGGCUUGCUGGUUCAGAGCCAGCCCAGGUUCCUGACGACCCCCAGAUCAUAGGCCCUGCUGGAAGGAGUCUGUGGUGGAUCUCAGGCCAGUUUCUAGUGAGAGAAAGCUCCCCAGCACAAAAUCCACCCCCCUGUUUCCUACCCGUAGCAGGGAGGACGCAGCCUAAGCCCUGCAUGGGCCAUGAGGCACGUAGGCAGAGAGCCGCGUGGUGGAAGAUUGCCCUCCUACUGUCUGAGCCAUCCUGGAUCUGAGGAUGCAGGGAGUGUUACUCUCCAGCUCCUCUAGUCUGGUCCAUUUCAGCAGCAGGAAAUCCAGAGGAAAAAUUAACAAAAACAGACACCAGCAAACAGGGACAGCGUUUUCCCAUAGAACAAACAGUUGAACCCCGGGGCUCCUUGGCAGCAGAGACCUCUUUGCUGCUCACUUCAGAAAACACAUUAUCGUCCCACACCGGAAGUGCAGUGGAGGGCCACUCAAAUUGGAUUGGAGCGUUUGUCUAGAGCAGUGGUUUUUAACCUUUUUUUAAUUUGCGGACCCCUUUGGAAAUGAGAUAUAGUCUGAGGAUCCCCAGGGAUCCGUGGACCACAGGUUGAAAACCACGGGUCAAGUGGUUAGACAACAGGACUCCUGGAUUCUCCUCCCAGACCUGGGACAGGGUGUAAGAACAGGAUGUGGGAAAUCAGGACACCUGGGUUCCAUUCCCAGUUCAGCUAAGGCCUGGAGUCAAUUGGUUAGAGAACGGCCCUUCUCCUUGGCAUCUAUUCCCAACUCUGCCAUUCACUCCCUUGCGCCACGGUGCUUCACCUCUUAGUGCCUCAGUUUCCCCCCAUUAAGCAGGGUAUAGCUCUGUCCCUACCUCGCAGGGAGGCUGAGUGAAGGUUCAUAAAGCACAUUGUCCUUCCAUAGCGCGUUUCCUUGGAGAGCUGCAAAGCAUUCCUACUGUUAACAGGCCAGCAGACACAAUCCAGUCACCCAGCCCCCUUGAAACUAGGAGCUUCCAAGGAAACUGGGAGGAUUCCCUGUUCGUUCAGCCCGACAGCCCAGAAUCAAAGAGCAGGUUUGUUUAACAAGCCCGUGGCAUUGUCCCUCUCAUGCUCUGAGUGCAGCUUGCAGACUGAGGGGCUCCAGGGCCCGCGCUAGGCGAUAUGGGAGCAAUGGGUUUGUUUUUCACUGUGUUAAAAGACGGCGCGAGGACCUGGUCUGAACAGUCACCGAGGCGCUCCUGGCUCCCUAGCGUGCUGUAAAUAGAAAUAUGCAGGAAGGUUGGACCUUGUGCUGGAGUGACAACCCGUCCCAAUCUAUGCAAAUCCGAACGGAGCAGCCCGUCGUUGUGGUAACUGGGCUGCGUCCUGCGGCGGUACCCGCUCUGUCUGUACAGCGAGGAAUGUUGGUCGGAGCAGACACUGAACCAUGCACCUCUGUGAGAGAGCCCCCUGCUCCCCACUGCACAGGCUCUGGGCCCCCAGCGGAGGCUGCCCUCCUAUUUGGGCAGCUAGCAGUCCCCACGCACAAGCACACCUGUCCGAUGACUUAACUUGAACACACCAGCUGUGUGUCAGGCAGCGUUUGGGCAGCACAGGGGAGGAUCCUGCCCCCCCACCACCACUGGAGGCUGAACACAAUUUCCAAACACCAUGUGGCCGUGAGAUUGUCACUUACCCAGAGCUCAGGGGCAGUCCCUGGGUGCUUUGGGCAAUACGGGUCUGUGUGUUUCAUGUCCCCGAUCCACAGAGGAGAUGGGUCGGUUAUAGCUCAAGCUGGAGCAUUGUGCUUUUAGUGUUGGAGGUCCCUAGUGCAAGGCCUGAUGGUGCUGUCCCACAACCCCUGCCCCCUUGGCAUGGUCACCAGUGGGGUUUGACCUGGGGCCAUCAGCACCACAAUGCAGAUUCCUACUGCUCGAACUGGGAGUAGUAGUGGGUUGUUAUCCCCUACAGGACCAGCCCACUAGAGGGGGCUGUGCUAAGUGCUUGGACAGCGUAUUACAGGAGCGCACUACAGGGGGACAUGGCAGCUCUCAGCACGUGGGAUAUGCCGGGGAGACUGUUCUCCCCCUCCCCCCAUGGGAGUGCAUGGAGCUGGUGCAGGAUAGACUGGCCUGCCUGGGGGUAAACCAGACUCAGGCCUCGGGGCUGAGAACUGGGAGAUCCAGUCCUGGGGCUGGGGGGAGGGGCACAUUUUGAUGCCAGUUUAUCAACGGGGACGGCUGCCAUGAGCGGGGUGGGGUGGGCCUGUCCCGCUGCAUGGCUGGGGACAGUGGGUGCAGCGAGGUGUUAACCCCCCACCCCCAGUUCGGGGAAAUCCCCUGCUAGGCAUCCACAAGGAAAUGGAGUCCCGGUGGGGGCUAGACCCCCCCCAGAUCACAGGAGUCCCUUUCAUAAAUCCCAUGUGGGGGUGGGGGCUGGUGGUGGGAGUUGCCACUGGGCAAACCGUCCCCUCACAAAGCUUUAGAUGCGGCGAGGGAGGGAUCUGGACACCUCUGUGUGAUGCCAGUCAUCCCCUAAUGCCAUCAGCCCCCAGGUAACCUGGGACUUACCCUGGCGCCAGCCAUCCAGCCCCGCAGCAGCCUCUCCUCCAUGUGCGUCUAGUUGGGUUCGCUCCCUCCCGCCACCAUCCCACUCCAGCUCCGGUCUCCUCCCCGGGUCCACAGCGCCUGCUGUCUCUUGUGCAGUGGUCAUUUUAGGAAUUCAGGAAGCACAAAGCUUUAGCCAUGGCCCCCCCUCCACCCUGAGAGACUCCGGUCGCUUUCCCCAGAGCCAGAGUCAAACCUGCCCUCAGCCCAGUGGCGGGGUCAUGAUACACUAGGGACACUUCGCACUUUAACCCCUUGAAAGCCAUUCCUCCCCGUCACAACCAUCCUGCAACGGGCUGCUUCAGAGCACUCUACUGUCUCCUUCACCUCCAGCCCCCCGCACACCACCCCCUGCGCUAGCCAAAGCAGUUACCACCUCUGAGUUCGCAUACGCUGUGGUAGGUCAUAGGCCCCAGCGCUGACGUGUGCCCCUCUGUAAAUACCCUUGGCGUGAUGUGAACAAUGUUUGAUUUUCACAACUAAAAAGCAAACGAAAUAAUCAGCCUCUAGGGACUUGGCCAGUACCCCCCCCACACCCUCUGUACUGUUCAGUGUAUAUUUUUGGAUGUACUAUAACCGUUGGAGGGGGGGGAAAGGAAACUAUUUUGAUAAUCAAAUCUCAUUGCUUUCUUGUGUUACUCAGUAAAUAAAAGGAACCUGUAUAAAUGCG